GGUGUUUCCUCGAUGGUUUGCGCUGGAUUAAGUAACCCGUUUUCAAAGAUGUUCCUCUAGGCUGGACUACGAGCUGCAAAGACUGAGUGAAAAUGGCGGAGGGGUCCAGAGACCAGGGAGGCGUGGGCACCACUGAUCCAGAGGACGACUCCCCCAAUAUGAUCGUCUACAGAAAGAUUGAAGACAUUGUUACAAGAAUACAAGAUGAGAAAGCAGGAGGUGUAGCCAUCCGGACUGUCAAAAGCUUCCUCUCCAAGAUCCCCAGUGUGGUGUCAGGGACUGACAUUGUUCAGUGGCUGAUGAAAAAUCUCUCCAUUGAGGAUCCAGCUGAAGCCAUCCACCUUGGCAGCCUGGUCGCUGCCCAUGGCUACAUCUUCCCCAUCUCUGACCAUGUCCUGACACUUAAGGAUGAUGGAACCCUUUAUCGUUUUCAGUCUCCAUACUUCUGGCCUUCAAACUGUUGGGAGCCGGAGAACACAGACUAUGCCAUUUACCUUUGCAAGCGCACCAUGCAGAAUAAAGCCAGGCUCGAGCUAGCUGAUUAUGAGGCCGAAAACCUCGCCCGUCUGCAGAGGGCUUUCGCCAGGAAGUGGGAAUUUAUCUUCAUGCAAGCUGAAGCUCAAGUCAAGAUCGACAGGAAGAAGGACAAGGCAGAGAGGAAGAUCCUGGACAGCCAGGAGAGGGCAUUCUGGGACGUCCAUCGGCCAGUGCCAGGCUGUGUCAACACCACGGAGAUGGACAUCCGCAAGUGCCGAAGAGAGAGGAACCCACACAGGGUAAAAAAGCUGUUGAUGGGUCGAGACAUCAGGACGCCUCUGCCCAUCAGUCAGGAAAAGCUACAGCCGAGGCGGACUGACCUCCGACCUUUCAGGGAAAAAAAUCAGGACACUAAAGGGAAACAAGCGGUAGUUCAACAAGAGACACCAAGCGAAGCAAAGACAAGAGCUCAGACCCGGACAAAGAGUCUGGGUGACUCUUCAGAGGGCCAGCCCAGACACCGAGGUCUUACAAGGUUGACCUGCCCUCAGGGAUUCUGCGGAGAAAGAGAUCACACAUCAGGGUCGUCCCAGAGCCUGCUACAACGACAGGAUCAGGGCGCACCAUAA